AUGCGAGGAGGACACGACCACCAGCCGCAAACGGUAACACAGAAGGAGCAAGUGGUGCCUGCAAAGAGUAUCCUCUGCAAAAGUAUCGUCUAAUUGUGGCCAUACAUGUCAGACUCAGAUCUGCUUUCUCAUUCUCACAUGAAUCUGAGUGACGAAGUCCACUGACUUUGUUUCCCUCUUGACAAAAAAUGUGAUGAAGAUGCAGCUGUAAAGUGCUUUUCCUUUUCCACCUCCAGUAAAAUAAAGUAGUACGAUAGUAAUAGUUAACAGUACUUUUGCAUUUGCAUAAAGAUUGGCUCGAGGCCGCAACUUGUUCCGGAAGUAGAUCAAGAUCUGCGCAUUCGGCAGAAAAAGACCGACUUUAUUGUGGUGGCUUCCACUAGGCUGCAAUCGGGGCUCGAGGAGCC